AUGGUGCAGAGGAAAGCUGAAGAAAAGCCUACUGCACAAGAAGAGGAAUUAAUGAAGUCGCCUGAAGGAGGACCAAGACUGCUGAAGUACCUGACCCAGAACCUGUCCCUUCAGAUAGAUUCUUCAAGAAUCUUGCGCAAGCAUGAGUUAGCCUUUGGAUUAGAUGGUAGACUUGGUACUCAUAACACUCAACUGGAAAUUAGACUAAGGCCAGGAACUAAAGAAAUAUCUCUAACCCCUUACCAUGCUUCUCCAGCUAAAAGAGAAGUCAUUGACAAGCAGAUUGAGGAAUGGCUUAAACUUGGAGUCAUUGAGCCAUCCAAGAGUGCUUGGGGAUUUCCUGUCAUAGUAGUCUAUCGCAACAGUAAACCCAGACUAUGUGUGGAUUACAGACGUCUCAAUGAAGUAGCUGUACCAGAUGAGUAUCCCUUACCAAAACAAACUGACAUCUUGCAUGCCUUGGAAGGAUCUCAAUGGCUUACUACCUUAGAUGCGCUAGCUGGUUUCACUCAGCUAACCAUUAAGGAGGAAGACAGAGAGAAACUUGCUUUCAGAUGUCACAACGGCCAUUGGCAACCUACCAAACUACUCUUUGGAUAUAGGAAUGGACCAGCAGAGUUCCAGCGUGUCAUGAAUAGGAUACUUUCAAGAUUUCUAUGGCAAUUUGCCCUAGUAUAUAUUGAUGACAUAGUGAUCUAUAGUGUUGAGUUUGAAGACCAUUGCAAUCACUUAGAUCAAGUCUUAGGAGCUAUUGAAGAAGCUGAAAUCACCCUAUCUCCAAAGAAAUGUCACAUUGGAUACCAAUCACUACUAUUGCUAGGACAGAAGGUAUCAAGAUUAGGUCUAUCAACCCAUAAGGAAAAAACUUUCCUAGGGAUGAUGACUUAUUUCUCUAGCUAUAUUCCCUUCUACUCAUGGAUUGUAGCGCCUUUGUUCAAGCUUCUCAAGAAAGGAACAGCUUGGUCUUGGGAGGAAAAGGAACAACAAGCGUUUGAACUUGCUAAAGAGGCCCUUGCAUCUGCUCCAGUAAUGGCUUAUCCUAUUAUUGGAAAACCUUACAGAUUAUAUACAGAUGCAUGCGACUAUGGCCUUGGAGGAAUAUUACAGCAAGUCCAAUCAUCAAGAUAA